UUUAUUUUUACCCGCUUUGACCCGUGAUUUUAAUUGUGACCCACAAUGCGCAGCACGACAUCACUGGUCGAACGCUGCUCAGACUGGACGAUAAUUCUCUGCGGAGAAUCGGAAUCUCCAGCAAAGCGCACAGGGAGGAGAUCUGGAGAGAGAUUUUGAAACUGCAGCUCAAGACGGACAUUCUGUCAUUCAGAGACGCUGAGCGACGUGUUGCGAUCAACAUUGAGUGGAUGUGAUUUUUUACUCACCUAAAAUGAUGUCCGCUCGUGCGCACCGGCUCGGGUGCACCUUACUAAAAUGCAACUUUUCCUAUGGGACAGUGCGAUUUCAGUCUGCAUCGGCGACGCCGUUGGCUCGGCAGCUCAAUGCCAAAAUCCGAGUCACAGGCCCGCUCACGGUGGCCGAUUAUAUGAAAGAGGUGCUCGUGAACCCCACAGCGGGCUACUACCCCACUAAAGAGGCCAUCGGGGCGAAAGGAGACUUUGUCACUUCACCAGAAAUCAAUCAGCUCUUCGGGGAAAUGAUCGCUGUGUGGAUUUUGAGCGAGUGGCAGAAGGUCGGCGCACCAAAGCCCAUGCAGCUUGUCGAGUUUGGCCCAGGGAAAGGCUCCCUCAUGUCUGAUAUUCUGAGGGUUUUCAAGCACUUCAAAAUAGACGGAGUUAGUGUCCACUUGGUAGAAUUGAGCCAGAAAAUGAGAGAGUCGCAGGCGAAACUGCUCUGCUCUGAAGCAACGUUGGGCAAAAACGAGGAGCACCAGUUGCAAGUCGUUUCUGGAUUAACGAGCACGGAUUACCCGAUUUCUUGGCACAACCAUCACUCGGAGGUGCCCAGAGACGCCUUCUCUUGCAUCGUCGCGCACGAGUUCUUUGACGCACUGCCUGUGCACAAGUUGAGGAAAACCGCAGAAGGCUGGAGAGAAAUUCUGGUCGAUAUUGACACUGAGAGUGAAGAUAUAAAAUUCCGUUACAUCUUGUCCAGAGAGCCCACUCCCAUAUCUCAGCUCUACAAACCAAAGGAUUGCGACACGAGGGAGGAUAUCGAAAUUUGUCCAUCUGCCGGAGCUCUGAUGCAAAAUCUGGCCCAGCGGUUUGAGGAAGACGGAGGGUUUUUGCUCCUUGCUGACUACGGGCAUGAUGGGGACAAGACUGACACCUUCAGAGGUUUCAGCAAUCACCAGUUGCAUGAUCCACUGCUCAAUCCUGGCACUGCUGAUCUGACGGCUGACGUCGAUUUCGGCUAUCUGAAGAGGAGCGUCGAGGGGAAAGCCCUCACCUUCGGCCCUGUCACGCAGGAGAAAUUCCUGAACAGCCUUGGAAUCCAAGUCCGGCUCAAUAUUUUGCUGCAAAAUGACGGCCUGUCAGCAGAGCAAAAGGCAAUUUUAAAGAGCGGCGUGGAAAUGAUGACUGACGCGUCUAAAAUGGGAGAACGUUUCAAGUUUUUCUCCAUGUUUCCUAAUGUGUUGGAAGAGCACUUAGGGAAAUACCCUGUGUUGGGCUUUCACUAGUGAAACUUACAGUGAAUAAAACUAGAUUUGAUAGCGUAUAACUCUA